AAAAACCGAUAUGAAUUUAGAAAAUAAAUCUAGAUUUUUGAUAAAAACUUACAAUAAUCUCAACCAUGGAAAUAUUAAAAUUUCAUUUAAUAAACUUAACAUGGUAAACUUUUGUAAUGCAACAAAAGAAUUACAAAUUCUGAAAAAGACGAUGCAUAACAAUAUAAAUAGUUUAGAUAUAUGGGGCGACGGAGUAAACUAUUUUGGAUCGUUCAAAAGUCAAAUUGAAAAUAUAGUUAAGCAAUGCAAGAAUAAUUUUAAGAGUAACUUUAAGAGAAAAUUACGAAAACGUUAUUACUCACGAAAAACAAUGGAAGAAAAUAAAAAAAAAUGGAUAACAUUUAAAAAUAUGUCACUUACUAAAAAACGUAAACUAAUUAAUUAUAUAGACACUUUUAUCGAAGAAAAAAAAAAUGAAUUAGUUUGGGAAAAGGAAAAGCAUAUGUUACGUAAAGAUGCAGACAUUGUUUUAUUAGACGUUCAAACAAAACGCACAGAGGUUAGGAAGUUUUUAAAUACGAUACAAGAAGUAGAAAACCUUAAAAAAACACAAGUUGAAGUUUUAAAACUAAGAGGCAGCAGAAUACUUGCUGAAGCAGAUACAUUUUUCAAUAAUAUAAUUGACCAGUAUAAUUUACAGAGUAUUAAUCUUACAACUAAUACCCGAAAUCCCCGCUAAGAUAAACACAGUUACCUGAUCGCAGGACUGGGAUGUACAAAAUAUAAGAAUGAAUACAUAUAAAAAUAAAGUACUUAUAUCUAAAUUCUUACAAACUAAAAAAACAAGUUACUGAUUUGUAUCAAUAAAGAAAAACAAUAUAACUAUAA